GUUCUCAUCGCUUUAAUUCUGAAUCUGCUCUGAAUAACCAUGAAAACCAACCAGCAAGAACCCUAACAACUGCUUGCAUUAACGAUUUUCUCUCUUCUAAUUCUCUUUAUAAUUUCUAAUUCACUUGUUUGCAAAGAACAAACCCUAGAUUUCUAAUAAACCUAAUCUCCACUCCCUUAAUAAAUCUAUUUCAGGUCGUCUUCAAACUCUAGUAAUCAAGAUUCACUUCCUAUACUUUCAAGAAUUUAACCUGUACAGGUUCCUUCUUCCUCGAUCAAAAAACCAGGAAUCAUAUCAUGGAUCUCUGUAGGUAUUGAAUGUGAAGCUAAUCAAGCUAGUAAUACAAUUGAGGAAUGCACUGUUGCUUGGGAUUUUACUUUGACUUCAGUCCGACUUGCAUCGGAUGUGGUCCUGAAAGGGAUGAGCAAGGGAGGCCUGAUGGUAACAAAUACAACGGUAGCAUCUAUAUGGUCUUUGAAUACAUGGACCAUGAUUUGACGGGUCUUGCUGAUCAGCCUGGUAUGCGAUUCACAAUUCCCCAAAUCAAGCCUGAACAACUGAACAAGAUAUAUGAGCUGUGCGGGGCUCCAGAUGAGGUCAACUGGCCAGGGGUUUCCAAGAUUCCCUGGUAUAACAAUUUCAAGCCAUCGAGUCCAAUGACGAGACCUGUAAGAGAGGUUUUCAAACAUUUUGAUAGGCACGCCUUGGAGUUGCUGGAGAAAAUGCCAACUCUCGAUCCAUCACAGCCAUGUCAAGCAUCCAUGUCUGUGCAGCAGCCUAAUGUUCACUUUUCGAAAGAAAUGCCGAGUAGUAGAUAAAUUUGACAAACGAUGCCUUAAGUGGUCAUUGGGAACGAUAAUACAUAUAUGUAUUCCAUUUUGAAGUAAUCUAAUUUGCUAAAAAGCCUACAGAACUAAACUAUAUAUUGUACUGAAACAAAAUUUAUAUUGAAUAAAAGUUGGACUUCAAGUUAAAAUGGUUGAGUGGCAUAAUGAUUUGGCCUGCUAUUGUUUCAACUUCAUUUUUAGAUGCUAAACAAAGAAAUCACCCUUCCUCUGUAUCCAAUUUAUAUUUUCUGAAACUAAAUGUAAUAGUUCUCAAA